CACCCUCUUCCACUUAACAAACCCAACGAGAAAUAGAGGAUCAUGGCCGGAACUACCGAGAAAUGGGAGACUUUGAAGGAUGGGUUGGAGAUUUAUACUAAGACUUGGUUGACGGAUUCACCUCCAAUCGCUCAGAUAUUCUUCGUUCAUGGCUUCUCGGAUCACUGUAACACCUACGGCAUCUUCGCGACCACCGUCGCCGCACAAGGCAUAGAAUUCUACUCCUUUGACCAACGCGGCUGGGGCCAAACCUGCGUUCGUUCCAACAAAAAAGAAAAAACCACCCGCCACUCGGGCAAUUCCGGUCCCACAUCUCUCGUCCUCUCCGACAUAAGCGAGCUCCUCGGGCCCCGUCUGGCCGCGCGCCCGGGCAUUCCUUGCUAUCUGGUCGGCCAUUCGAUGGGUGGGGGAAUAGCCUUGACCUACGCCAUCCAGGGCACGCACAAGAAUGCCCUCGCCGGAACAAUCGUGUGGAGUCCCAUGAUCGAUUUCGCGAAGGAGAGCUCCCCGGGAUUCAUUAAAAUCGGUGCCUCGAAAAUCGGUGCGACGCUGUUCCCGAAUAAGCAGAUUGUGCAGAGUCUGUCGGCCGAGUAUAUGUCUAGGGAUCCUGAGGUCGUGGAGGCGUUUAAGACGGAUCCGCUGUGUCACGAUACCGGGACGUUAGUCGCGAUUGCGGAUAUGAUUACCCGUGGACAGGAUUUGAAGAAGGGGCAUAUCGCUUCCAAGUUUUUAGCUGACAAGCCGGUUUUGGUGCUGCAUGGGUCUUCCGACAAGAUUACCAACUACAACUCUUCAAAGAAUUUCGUCUCUAGCCUCGGCCAGGUUAAGGACAAGGAGUUCAAGAGCUUUGACGGGUGGUACCAUAAACUGCACAGCGAACCGGGCGAGGAUAAAGUUACGUUUGCGAAUUAUGUCGCUUCGUGGAUCAUCCAAAGGUCUACGGGAUCUAUUAGUUCGAAGCUGUGAUGAGUGUUGGAGGGAUGAGGGAUGGAUCAUGAACUAAUGGGUGACUGAGGCGAGCGAUUC